AAUAUCAAGCAAACUGGCAAUUAGAACCAGCCAAAGCCAAGAAUAAAGAAGCAAACUUAGCAAAGAGCGUUUUUUCUCCUGCUUUUUCCCCAAAUUGAAGAUCAAAAUUGAAAAGCAGGAUCUAAGGCUUGAUCAAACUUUCCCUGAAAUUCAACUCUAUCAUUGUCUGGGGACUGUGUAAUCCUUCAGAAAGCCCUUUACUGUCUAAAAGCUGUCAAUAGUUGUGUCCUGAAAAUAAGUUGUUGUGUACUGAAGGCAUUCAACCAUGGCGAGCUCAGAUCCUGAAAAGCAGAUGGCCAAAGCUGACAAGAUUACUAAGCUAAGUUUUACUAGAUGGAAUGCUGAUUGGAAGAAUGCGGCGGUGCUAUAUGAACAAGCUGCUAUUGCAUUCAGGCUUGCUAAACAAAACGAAAAGGCAAAGUUAGCUUUUGAGAAAGCAUCCAAGGGACAGGAGAUGCUCUCUUCGCCUUGGGAUGCAGCCAGAUUCAUGGAAUCUGCUGCUGCGAUGGCCAAGGAACUAGGAAGCUGGAAUGAGGUUGCCGAUUUUUACAAAAGGGCUUCAGAGUUGUAUAUUGAAUGUGGAAGAUCGCAGCCUGCGUCAGAUGCUCUUGCUAAAGGUGCUCGUGCUUUGGAAGAGUCUAUGCCCGAGGAAGCUGCACGUUUAUAUAUAAGUGCUUGUGAAAUUCUUGAAGAGGAUGAAAAGGAGCAGAUGGCCUUUGACUUGUAUCGAGCUGCUGCUAGUGUUUAUAUAAAACUUGAGAAGUAUGAAGAUGCUGCAGCUACCUUGCUUAGGUUGGGCUUGGCAGCUGAUAAGAGCAAUGCCAAAAACAGCCAAUGCAAGGCUUACCUAAGUGCCAUCAUUGUUUACCUCUAUACUCAUGACUUCAAACAAGCAGAGAAGUGUUACAAUGAUUGUCUACAAACUGAUGCUUUUAUGGACAGUGAUCAAUUUCGUGUGGCUAGUAAACUUAUGUCUGCGUACAGAGAAGGUGACAUUGAAGAAGUUAAACGUGUGGCACAAUCUAGCACCAUAUCAAAUUUGGAACAUGUGAUAAUCAGGCUCGCUAGAAAACUGCCAACUGGGGAACUGCAUGCAAUUCGGGCUGAAGUUGCUGGGGAAGAGGGUGAUGAACUCGAUGAAGAUAACCUUGUUUAGUUCCAGACUAAAUUAUGACAUGACUGUGAUUUUAUCCCAGAAAGAAAUUUUAUAUCUUCUCUGUGGUUCUUGAGGUAUUUUGAAUGCGAUGGAAGUUCUUACCAUGUAAAAAGUUGUUUGAGGGAGACUUGUUUGAGUUUUGUACCAUGGUAUUCCCUUGGAUUUGUUGAAAGUUGUGUGGGACACGAAUAGUAGUAUGAAUUUGUUGUAUCUUAUAUUGUAUACUCACUUUGUCCCAGAAUACCUUUAUACUUUUCUUUUUCGUCUACUCUUAAAUACUUCUUCAUUUCCAAUAGUAAAA